AUGCGCAUCGAGGCCGUUUUUCAGAUACUCGCUGCCCUGGCGGUAGCGGUGACUGCGUCACCCCUUUCAACGAUCACAAGGCACGUAGUCCACGAACGCCGAUCCGAACCUCCUCCAAGAUGGUCUCGCCACACUCGUUUACACCCGGCAGCAACUAUUCCUUUCCGAAUUGGCCUGGCGCAGCAGAAUUUGCAUCGUGCCGAGGAGUUUGUUAAUGAAGUUGCGCACCCCGACUCACCCGACUAUGGCAAGCACUGGUCGAAGGAGAAAGUGGCGGACAUGUUUGCACCUACAACAGAGGCAGUUUCUGCUGUCAUGGAAUGGCUGCAUGCGUCGGGAAUCGAUCCCAGCAGGAUCAAGAUGUCGAAUUCGAGGAAUUGGUUGAACUUCAAUGCGACAGUCGCCGAGGCCGAGAGACUUCUGAGGACGGAGUACCACUUAUACAAGCACGAGAUGGGCCACAAUCACAUUGCUUGCGAGUCAUACAGUGUUCCUCAUCAUCUUACCGAUCACAUCGACAUUGUGACGCCAACAGUCCAUUUCGACACACGAAUCGGAUCGACCAGAAAAACCAUACAUCACCAAAACCUGCCAGAGCCCAUCUUGGAAUUGAACAGGAGAAUGGCGAAGAGAGAUUUCUCAUCGAGACCGCUUCAUGGCACGCUCGGUUCUGAACUCGAUGCCUCGAAUCCAAAACAUGGCGCAGAAAUCAAGAAUGCUUUGAUGACAUUGGAAAAUUGUGAUACCAUGAUCACUCCAGCUUGUCUACAAGCGCUCUACAACGCCCCACCAAAUGCUUUGUCAAUACCGAACAACACUCUUGGGGUCGUGGAAUACACACCUCAAGCCUUCCUGCAGUCCGAUUUGGACAUGUUUUUCAAGCAAUUCUCCCCUAAACAGGUUGGUGUCUCACCAAACACAAAUCUGAUUGACGGGGCGACUAUCCAAACGAAGAACCAGAGCUUCAGCUUCAAUGGCGAGUCGGCAUUAGAUUUGCAGUUUGCCAUGUCCCUCAUCUUCCCGCAAAAGGUGACAAUGUAUCAGGUUGGUGACUUGGUCAACGGCGGCAGCUUCAACAAUUUCUUAGACGCCCUCGAUGGAAGUUAUUGCACCUUCCAAGGCGGUGACUCCAAGGAUCCCAACAUCGAUGGACAAUAUCCCGACACACUUCCAGGUGGCUUCCAGGGACCUGAAAAUUGCGGUUCAGUGCAGACCACCAACGUCAUCUCCACUAGCUACAGUUCUAAUGAAGCAGAUUUGACUGCCAAGUACGAACAGCGACAAUGCCUCGAAUACAUGAAGCUCGGCCUCCAAGGCGUCUCAAUCUUGUACUCCUCGGGCGAUUUCGGCGUCGCAGGCAACUCGGGCCAAUGCAUCAACCCCGUUACCGGCGCCUACAACAACGGCUCCACUGGGCUCUUCAACCCCUCCUUCCCCGGCACCUGCCCGUACAUCACCUCCGUCGGUGCAACCCAAAUCCUCAACGGCUCUACCGUCCACUCCCCGGAAUCUGCAUCCGAGCGUGUCAUCUUCUCCGGCGGCGGCUUCUCCAAUGUCUUCCCCAUGCCAUCGUACCAGAAGACCGCCAUGGCAACCUACUUCGCCUCGCACAUGCCCCCCUACGGCGCCGACCGCUUCAACAACUCGCAAACCGUGCGCGGCUACCCUGACGUCUCGGCAAAUGGCGUCAACUACGUCGUUGCCGUCGACGGGCAAUUCUCUCUCACUUUCGGCACCUCAGCCUCCUGCCCUACCUUUGCAUCGCUAGUUAACAUGAUUAAUGCUCAAAGGAUAGAGGCAAGGAAGAGUCCCGUGGGGUUCUUGAAUCCCACGUUGUACGCGAAUCCGCAGGUGUUGCAUGAUAUCACGGUUGGAGGUAACAAGGGGUGUGGCACGAAGGGCUUUUUGAGCGUCCAGGGGUGGGACCCGGUUACGGGUUUGGGGACGCCGAAUUAUCCUGCUAUGCUAGAUUUGUUUAUGGGACUGCCUUAG